CCGUUAUUGUACCACGCUAGACACACAACCACAAACUGCGAACGUUAACGAGGGAAUAAGUUCACGAUGUUAGUGAUUCUUGUUUUUCUCGUCUUUUCUGGCGGGACUUCAGCAUACCGAAUUCCAAAAAUCCUCACCGAAUUAUCAGAAGAUGAUUUUGUUAUAACUGAAACAAAGAAAGAAUACGCAAAUGAUGCAGCCGCAGAACCGCUUCUAGAACCAGAUCAGACUGAAGUUCUCAGGGAAGGAGACAUCAUGGAAAGCGAGAUGGAUAAGAACGAAGAGGCACAACUUAAGUCUGGUCAAGGUAUCGCAAAAAGAAACGGUGUUAGGGACCUUAGAAGAUUGUGGCUGAAUAAUAAGAUUCCUUUUGAAAUUGAUGCUGCUCUGCAAGAACAUGAAGCAGUUAUCAAGAAGGCAUUUGAAACCUUCCAUAACCACACUUGUCUGAGKUUUGUUGCUAAAGACAGCAGUCAUAAAAACUGGAUCAAGUUUGUUAAGAAAACGGGCUGUUGGUCUUAUGUAGGACGACAAUUCACUAGUCAAGGUUCCCAAGAAUUAUCUCUUGGACAAGGCUGUGAAAACCUGGGAGUUAUCUUGCAUGAGAUCAUGCAUGCUAUAGGGUUUUACCACGAGCAAAGCAGGCCUGAUAGAGACAGCAAUGUUGAAAUCUUCUGGGAAAACAUCAUCAACGAUAAAGUAUCAAACUUUGAACGUCUUGACAACAAUGUAGUGGAUACACUGGGAUUGGAUUAUGAGUACCGAUCCGUUCUCCACUAUAAAGCCAACGCUUUCACCAAAAACCAAAAAAACACAAUAACAGCCAUUAAUGACCCCACGAACACAAAGGGCAUUGGAAGUCAACAUAAACUGACUUCAAAUGACAUCAUCAAAGUCAACACUCUUUACCAGUGUGGAUGUUUGUCUUCAAAGUCGGUUGGAGCCGAAUAUGGCUCGAUAUUACCCAAUCAGAACUUCAAGACAUCCUCAGCCAUGGGAUUGGAUUACUAUAAGGCUGAAUUCGGUCGACUUAACAGCCCUAGUGCUUGGUGCGGGAAUAGUGAUGGUGAAUAUCUACAGGUCGACGUGGGCAAGAACAGAAAACUAUGUUCUUUGGCUUCUCAAGGAAGUGGAUUUUUUAACGAUUACGUUACAAGCUAUUCUCUGAAAUAUUCUAGUGAUGGACAACAUUGGAGUCAGUUUAAAAACGCAGAUGGCUCUGAGAAGCUAUUCACAGGAAACUCAGAUCAAAAUACUGUUGUCAAGCAAAGUCUUGAAGAACCCACGUCAACAAGAUUUUUGCGGUUUUAUCCUAAGUCCUAUAAAGGUGGCUUCAGGUGUAUGAGAAUAGCCCUUUAUGCCGAAGCGCUGCAUCUUAGUGGCUGGUCAAGCUGGACACCAUGCAACCGAAAAACCUGCAAAAGGGAAAGACAAAGAUACUGUUCGUCUGACAACAAGAAUGUUGAUUGUCCAACUGUCAAUGAAUACGGUGUAGAGACUCAACAAGUAGACUGCACACAUGCUCAAUGUACAGCCCCCAUACACGGUCACUGGAACCGAUGGUCGAGCUGGAACACUGAGUGUGUAGCAUGUGGCGUGGGAAAACAUGAACGAACCAGAGUUUGUAACGAUCCUGCACCUAGUUUUGGUGGAAAKUACUGUAAUGGAACUAACGUUACCACGGUAGAUUGCAGAACGAAGCACUGUGGAAUGGGUCCCGAUGGUUGCAGUUUCUCUAAAGAUUUCUGCACCUGGAAGCGAAGCGCUUUUGGACAGACCAAUUGGAUUCGUCAYCAAUUUAACACUCCAAGUUCAAAAACCGGGCCGUCACGUGACACUACUUCAUUGGAUGGGUCAGGUUAUUAUAUCUAUCUUGAAGCCAGCGGCAUUGCCUCUGGCACAAACGCCAUACUUCAAAGUCCCGUUCAGCCAGGCUUAAGCAGUGAGCGCUGUUUAAAGUUUCAGUAUCACAUGUACGAUUAUUAUAACGGUGCAAAUUACAUGGGCACUUUGAAUGUAAAGAUACAACAAGUGAAAACUGGUGAGAAAAGGACAUUAAAAACUAUCUCUGGUAACAAAGGCAACCAAUGGCAUUCUGAAAAAGUGACUUUCUCCAGUUCGAGCGAUUACAUGGUUAUCAUUGAGGCUGUCCGUGGAACUCAGUUUGUGUCCGACAUUGCAGUUGAUGACGUUAGCUUAUUGUGGGGAAAUUGUGACAACCCUACGGACGUCAACCCACAACCAAAUACAACUCCUUCUCCUGUAAAGCGGGGAGGACCUGUUGAACCGGUYGAAGAUUUUACCGACUUUGAAAAAGACUUUGGAACCUGGCAAAAUUCUGCAUCACAAGAUAGACAGUUUGACUGGACUCGUAAUAGUGGUUCGACAGAGACUGAGUAUACUGGGCCAAGCGGCGAUCACACCAGCAGAACAGGCCACUAUGCAUACAUUGAGACCUCUUCACCGCAUACCAUUGGACAGCGUGCUCGGUUGGUAAGCAAGACGUUCAGUGAAGGGUUUAGGUGCAUGUCACUAUGGUACCAUAUGAACGGCAUCAAUGUUUGGCAGUUGAAUGUGAUUAAGAAAACGUCCUCCAAAGAGAUAUUGCUGUGGUCUGCUAAUAAAAACGAAGGUGACAAAUGGCUUCAUGGUACAAUACCACUUACUGAAGGCUCAGGAUCAUUUAAUAUAAUCAUCGAAGGUGUUCGUGGCCACCAUGAUAAGGGAGAUAUCGCCAUUGACGAUAUUACUGUUGGUAGGGAGACCUGCGGUAAACUGUGGCCUUCUAAAAAUGAUCCAGCUUCCAAGAAGUCUUGUUUAUUUGACAGUACUGACUGUGCGUGGGUUGACCUGCCUGAGGGCGAUAUGUAUUGGUUAAGCCAUUCAGGUUCUACUGGUAACUCAGGCACUGGACCUUCAUCUGAUCAAAGUGGAGGUUUCUACAUGUACAUCAACAGUGCUAGCCCGAGAAAGAAUGGAGACAAGGCCCUUAUUGCCAGUCCAUACUUCAACCCUGGUGCUUCUGGCCAGUGCUUUAAAUUUUGGUAUCAUAUGUACGGUACACAAGUUGGAACCCUCAAUGUGUACAAAGAAACUCUGUCCAGCCCCACACGGACAAAUGUCCUGACGAAAGCUUCAAGUCAAGGCACUUCCUGGCAGACUGCCUCGAUUUUUGUCAAUGGGAAUGAAAAAACUCGAAUCGUGAUCGAGGGAAUCGUUGGUGGUCAGGGUAGUAGUGACAUUGCAAUAGAUACCGUCAGCUUUACUCCAAGGAACUGUUAAACCUUCAAUAAGAUAAAACUGUUCACAACAAUGUUAUCAAAUGUUGUAAUAACGAGUAUUAGUAGUUAUUAAAAAUUGAUCAUGGGUAUUCA